CGGAAGUGAUCUUGACUCUUCCGACCUGUCUGCUAACAACAAUGAAGAAAGGUUCCAGAUUAAUGUAAAACAUUUCUGAACUUCUUUAAGGUGGAGCCUCUGGAUGCAGAGAGCUUUUGCUUUCAGCCUCCAGACUGUCAGUGUUUGUCUUCGACCUCGCCGUCUGCAGCUCCUUCAGGUGCGUCCCGCCUCCUGGCGCUUUAAGCCUUUGAACCGUCCCGGAGCCGCCCGUCAGUUUCCUCCGUCGCCUCGGCUGCUCCUCCACCUCCACCUCCACCUCCACCCCCCUCCCGGCCCCUCUCCGCACCGCCGCUUCUCCGACGAGGCCGACAUGGCGGAACAGCGCUUCCUGGUCGAAUAUGCCAAACGCGGCACCGCCGGCUGCAAGAAGUGCAAGGACAAGAUCGCCAAGGGGAUCGUGCGCAUCGGGAAGAUCGUGCCCAACCCCUUCAGCGAGUCGGCAGGCGAGAUGAAGGAGUGGUACCACGUCAAGUGCAUCUUCGAGAAGCUGGAGCGGGCCAGAGCCACCACCAAGAAGAUCGAGGACAUCACGGACCUGGAGGGCUGGGAGGAGCUGCAGGACGAGGACAAGGAGCUCGUCAACAAACACGUCUCAGAGCUGAUGGCCAAAGUCAACGCCAGUCCCAAGAAGAAGGUUCAGGCCAAAAUGAACCCGUCGGGACAGCUGGUGUCUCCUCCCGCCAACCCGUCCUCAAACGCACCGCGCAAGUUCUCAGGCUUCACUGCCGCUAAAGCCGGCAGUUCCAGCAGUUCGGGGCCUUCCUCCUCCUCCUCCUCCUCCUCCUCCUCCUCCUCCGCCAGGCCCAGCCAGGGCAGCCCCCUGUCCUCCCAGCUGUGCGACCCCCAGCACAAGGACUGCCUCCUCAGGGAGUUCCGGAAGCUGUGUGCGAUGGUGGCGGAGAACGCCAGCUACAACGUCAAGACGCAGAUCAUCGAGAAGUUCCUGAGGAAGGGCUCGGCCGGAGAUAAGUUCCACGGAGACCUGUACCUGACGGUGAAGCUGCUCCUGCCGGGCGUGGUGAAGAGCGUCUACAACCUCAACGACAAGCAGAUCGUCAAGCUCUUCAGCCGCAUCUUCAGGAGCAACCAGGACGACAUGGUGCGCGACCUGGAGCAGGGCGACGUGUCUGAGACGGUGCGGAUCUUCUUCGAGGACAGUAAGUCCUUCCCUCCGGCCGCCAAGAGCCUGCUCACCAUCCAGGAAGUGGACGCGUCGCUGACCCGGCUGGCCCAGCUCACCAAGGAGGACGAGCAGCAGACCGAGCUGGAGGACAUCGCCAAAAAAUGCACCAGCAACGACCUCAAAUGCAUCGUCCGCCUCAUCAAACACGACCUGAAGAUGAACGCCGGCGCCAAGCACGUGCUGGACGCCGUGGAUCCCAACGCCUACGACGCCUUCAAGGCCUCCAGGAACCUGGGCGACGUGAUCGAGCGCGUGCUGAGGAACCAGCAGGAGGCGGCCAGCGGGUCGGGGCCCCGGAAGCUGCUGACGGUGGAGGCCUCGCUCAUGACGCCCGUUCAGCCCAUGCUGGCGGAGGCGUGUAAAUCCAUCGAGUACGCCAUGAAGAAAUGUCCCAACGGCAUGUACUCCGAGAUCAAGUACGACGGCGAGCGGGUGCAGGUCCACAAGAGCGGAGACAGCUUCAGCUACUUCAGCCGCAGCCUGAAGCCCGUGCUGCCGCACAAAGUGGCUCAUUUCAGAGACUACAUCCCUCAGGCGUUUCCAGGAGGCCACAGCAUGAUCCUGGACGCCGAGGUCCUCCUGAUCGACACCAACACCAGCAAGCCGCUGCCGUUCGGGACGCUGGGCGUCCACAAGAAAGCGGCCUUUCAAGACGCCAACGUCUGCCUGUUCGUCUUCGACUGCAUCUACUUCAACGGAGUGAGCCUCAUGGAGCGGCCUCUGUCUGAACGCAGGAAGUUCCUCCAUGAUAACAUGGUUGAAGUCCCCAACAGGAUCCUCUUCUCAGAGAUGAAACACGUGACGAGAGCAGGAGAUCUGGCUGACAUGAUCACUCGAGUCAUCAGAGAGGGUCUUGAAGGUUUGGUGCUCAAAGACGUGAAGAGCACCUACGAGCCCGGGAAGCGUCACUGGCUGAAGGUGAAGAAGGACUACCUGAACGAGGGGGCGAUGGCCGACACAGCUGACCUGGUGGUUCUGGGAGCGUUCUACGGGAAAGGAUCCAACGGGGGCAUCAUGUCCAGCUUCCUGAUGGGCUGCUUCGACCCGGACUCCAGGAAGUGGUGCACGGUCACCAAGUGCUCCGGCGGCUACGACGACGCCAUGCUGGCCCGGCUGCAGAAAGAGCUGGACGUCAUCAAGAUCAGCAAGGAGCCCAGUAAAAUCCCCGGCUGGUUGAACAUCAUCAAGAACUACUAUCCAGACUUCAUCAUCCGUGAUCCUGAGAAAGCUCCGGUCUGGGAGAUCACCGGCGCCGAGUUCUCCAAGUCGGAGAUGCACACGGCCGACGGCAUCUCCAUCCGCUUCCCCCGCAUGACCCGGGUCCGCGACGACAAGGACUGGAAGAGCGCCACCAACCUGCCGCAGCUGCGGGAGCUGUUCCGCAUCUCCAAGGAGAACUGCGACUUCCAGGUGACGGCCGGACCGUCCAGAGACGAGCCCGGCUCGUCGGGCGGAGACAGCGGAGGAAGCUCGCCCACGCCCAAGAAGAAGAGCGGCGGCGGCGGCGGCAGCAGCAGCAGCACGCCGUCCAAACCCAAGGUGGUCAAGUCUUCUCCCCGCACGCCGGCCGCUAACGCUCCGGCCGCCAAGAAGGCCAGGAAGAGCGAGAGCGUCCAGAGCAACGGGCAGACGGGCGGAGCCAAAGCCCCGCCUCAGGCGCCGGAGCCGCGCGCAGACAAGACGCUGCUGGACAUCUUCAGCGGCGUGAAGCUCUUCCUGCCCGACUCGGCGCCCGACUUCCACAAACUCAGGCGCUACUUCGUGGCGUUCGACGGCGACCUGGUGCCGGAGUACGACGCCGCCUCGGCCACGCACACCGUGUCGGAGCCCGAGGACGACAGCCGGGCGCUGCGGGUGUCCGCCGGCUGGAUCUGGGAAUGCAUCCGGAAGAGGCGGGUCGUCCCGCCGUGCUGACGCCGCGGCGGCGCCGCGCUCAGGACUCUGCUGGACGCUCGGUUCAGGGGUUCAAGCUGUUGUCCUUGAAACUUGGGGUGUGUGUGUGUGUGUGUGUGUGUGUGUGUGUGUGUGUGUUUAGACACUACGGGAACAUUGUAGAGUUUCAGACGUCCGCUCAUGAACUGAAAAUAAACGUCUCUGUCCUUCACGUCUUCUGC